CCUGAAGUUUCAUGCAAACCGAACCAAAAUCCCGCUCCCUUUGAAAGCCGGAAUACCCAUUUCUGCGAACAAGACAAGGUUUUUGCAACGAUCCCACAUUGGCUGAAUACUCGGUCGCACUAUCACAGCUUCAUGUCUCCAGCCUAUAUUUGUGCGUCGCUGUGUUCAAUCACACCUUGAAACAAACCGCCGAAGUGUCAAAUUCAUUGCUCUAGACAUGGACUUGUACAUCCGUCCAUUGACAAUCGAUGAUCUUGAUCGGUGCGAAACAGUGGAGGCCGCAGCCUUCCCCCCCGCCGAAGCAGCGACCCGCGAAAAGAUCGAAUAUCGACUGACGGUAUGCCCCGAACUCUGCUUGGGAUUAUUUGCCCGUGAGGGCAAAAGCAGCCAAGGCAGGGUUAUUCGACAAGGGACCACGCUGGCCUACAAUCCGUCCGACACCUCGAACGGUAAUGACCUUAUCGCGCACACGAUUUCCACCAAGUCGAUCUCUUCUGUUGUGACAGACGCGGACAUGGCCGUCCCACAUUCAUGGAAGACAGACCCAACCGCCACAUACGACGUUGGGCACCAAUCAGAAGGCAAAACUAUCACUUUGCAUUCACUAGCUGUCUCUCCCAACUCGCAGAAAUCAGGUUACGGCAAAACGCUUAUGGCAUACUACAUCAAGCACAUGAUACAGGCGGCACAGACAGAGAGAAUUUCUAUUCUCACCUAUGACAGGCUGGUUUCGUACUAUGAGAAGCUGGGGUUUACACACCAUGGCAAGAGCCAAUCCGAGUAUGCUGGAGUGGCGUGGCACGAUUUGUCAUACGAGUUCAAUACUGCCUGAGCAUGCGUUUAAAGAAAUCCUAAGGGAUUUAGCAGGCUUCAAAAUCUAACGUACAUCCAAAUUCCUCCUUGGCAGCUGGGCUAUACUUCGGGUUUC